AUGAGCAGACCAGCUCUCUUGGAUGAGGAUCUUUAUGAGCGAGCAGCAGACCUGCAGAGAGAAAUCGAAGAAGAAGCACUAGCCAAAAAGUUGAAAAAAGAGAAGCCUACGGAUAGAGGCACCGGAAUGACAACUCGGCGAAGACGAAAAAAGAAAGUUGACGAAGAUGCAGCGGACAACGCGGACAACUCAGAAGAUCUCAUUGAGGAGGCUACUCAGAUCAUCAAUAAUCUAGAGAAGGAAAGGAUGAAAAAGACAAAGAAGAAGAAGAGGCGACGCCAUUCAUGGUCUGAUAGCAGUGAGUCGUCUGAUACUGAGAUUAGCGAAGCAUCUGAUUCUGAAGAAGACGAUGAGAUUGAACAGGAAGAAGAAGAUAUGGCUGGUACUUCGGGAGACAUUGAUGCUACUGAAAAUACGAAAGAAAGAAAUGGGAAAAGGAAGCGAAUUCGAUCAGAUUCUUCUAGUGAAAGUGCUAUUUCGGAGUCUAACAUAGUGGAUGAGCCCCGUAAAAAAGUAAUAAUAACGAGAAAGAACGAGAAAAAG